UUGCGUUUUGCUUUGUGACUGUUCCUCUCGCUUCCCGCCAGGGCUUCUCCAACGUUUAAGAAAACGCGUUUUGCUCGUCCGCGUGCAAGCUUGCCAUCACUUGGGGUUGUGCCUGUGAUCUUUUUAAACUCCACCAGCCUUUGUCUCGACCCAGCAGCCCUGGCGGCGUUCUCCCGCGGUCUUUUCUCCUGGGGUCCCCUGGCCGCUGGCUCUUGUGCUUACUACCCUCGACUUGGUUCAGGGAUCAUCGCCUCUCUUAGGAAGCCUUGCUGAGUUAACCGCAGACCUCUUGGACACACACGACACCUGCAUUUCCUCAGCCCGUGGACAGUCGGCUUCCCCUGCUCUGAUGCCCCUUUACGACUUGCCCAGUGGAAAUCCCCGCAGCUGGAGCGGGAGGAAGGCUGUCAAGCUGAAGUUUGUUCGGGAGAGAGUGACCAAGAUAUGAGGAAAGGAAAGACUGAGAGAAAAGAACUACGUGGGGCCAUGUAAUAGCUUUCUUGAGUUGUCCCACAGGACAAGCUGGAGGGGAGCAAACAGCGUAGCGGAGUUUACUGUCAUAGAAGGAAGCAUCUUUCUAGAAACUAUACUAUAGCAGUUAAGAGCUCAGCUUCUGAGGUUAGAAGGUUCUGGAUUUUUACCCGACUCCUCACUAUGGCCCAGGACUCGUAGGCCAGUUACUUGGCCUCUCUAAGACCUGGUGUCCUUACUUGUGACAUGGAAAUCAUAACAGAAAGCAUUUAAGAAAUUCCUGGAAUAAAUUAGAGUAAUAUAGGAUCUGCAGGAAAUACCUCAAGAUCGUUAGUAAGGAAAAGAAGAAUUUCUAGACUCUUCAUCAAGAUCUUCAUUUAUACAGCUGUUAAAUCCAAGGCUACUUUGGUGAAAGCAUGAAUAAAAAUACAUCUACUGUCAUAUCAUCCAGUCUACUUGAAAAGGACCCUGCCUUUCAGAUGAUUACAAUUCCCAAGGAAACAGGCCUUGGCCUGAAGAUACUAGGAGGAAUUAACCGGAAUGAAGGCCCAUUGGUAUAUAUUCAGGAAAUUAUUCCUGGAGGAGACUGCUACAAGGAUGGUCGUUUGAAGCCAGGAGAUCAACUUGUCUCAGUCAACAAGGAAUCUAUGAUUGGUGUAUCAUUUGAAGAAGCAAAAAGCAUAAUUACCAGAGCCAAGUUGAGGUCAGAAUCUGCUUGGGAGAUAGCAUUCAUAAGACAAAAAUCCGACAACAGUCAACCAGAAAAUCUGUCAUGUACAUCACUUGUAGAAGCUUCAGGAGAAUAUAUACCUCAAGCCUCAGCAUUUAGUCUUUUUUCUUCUCCUCCUGAAAUACUAAUUCCAAAGACCUCAUCCACUCCCAAAACUAACAAUGCCAUUUUACCUUCUUGUGAGAUAGAAACUGGAUACAACAAAACAGAACAGAUUCCAAUUACUUCUUCAGAAAACAGUACUGUGGGUUUGUCUAAUACAGAUGUUGCUUCUGCCUGGACUGAAAAUUAUGGACUACAAGAAAGGCUCUCCAUAAAUCCCUCUGUUCGCCUUAAGGCAGAGAAACUGGAAAUGGCUCUAAAUUAUCUUGGUAUUCAGCCCACAAAGGAACAACACCAAGCCCUGAGACAGCAAGUGCAAGCAGACUCAAAAGGGACAGUGUCUUUUGGAGAUUUUGUCCAGGUUGCCAGAAACUUGUUUUGCUUGCAGUUGGAUGAAGUAAAUGUUGGUGCACAUGAAAUUUCCAAUAUAUUAGAUUCACAGCUUCUUCCUUGUGAUUCUUUAGAAGCAGAUGAAAUGGAAAGGCUCAAGCAUGAAAGGGAUGAUGCCUUGAAAGAAGUGAAUACACUUAAGGAAAAAUUAUUGCAAUCAGAUAAGCAAAGGAAACAAUUGACAGAGGAGCUCUAUAAUGUGAAACAAGAAGCCAAAGCUGUAGUUGAAGAAACAAGAGCCCUGCGAAGUCGGAUUCAUCUUGCUGAAGCUGCACAGAGACAGGCACAUGGAAUGGAAAUGGACUAUGAAGAAGUGAUCUGUCUGUUAGAGGCCGAGAUUACAGAGCUAAAGGCUCAGCUUGCUGAUUAUUCUGACCAAAAUAAAGAAAGUGUUCAGGAUUUAAAAAAGAGAAUUAUGGUACUUGACUGCCAAUUACGAAAAUCAGAAAUGGCUCGAAAAACUUUUGAGGCAUGCACUAAAAAGCUUCUUCAUUUUGUAGAGGCUAUUCAAGAAGUAUUUUCUGAUAAUUGUACUUCUCUUUCAAAUUUAAGUGAAAGAAGAGCUGUGUUAGCUUCUCAGACUUCUCUCACACCACUGGGAAGGAAUGGACAUAACAUCCCAGCCAUGCUGGUGCUUGAAUCUAAGGAACUUGUUAAAUCUGUUCGUGCGUUACUUGAUAUGGAUUGUUUACCUUAUGGGUGGGAGGAAGCUUACACAGCAGAUGGAAUCAAGUACUUCAUCAAUCACGUAACACAGACUACAUCCUGGAUCCAUCCUGUGAUGAGUGUCCUGAAUCUGUCUCGCUCAGAGGAGAAUGAAGAGGAUUGCUCUAGAGAACUCCCCAACCAGAAAAGUUGAUGGUUUUCCUUAGGAAGUGGAGUUCCAUGGUCAUCUGGCAUCUCAGUCUACAUGGACGACAUGAGCAGAGACACAUAACAUCCAAUCCUGAGAUACAACAGUCUAAAAUAGGAGUGAAGCAUACACUACUUGUUGAAGGAUAAAAUAGAGACUCUGGACUUUGUAUAUUUUUGUAAAACUUUUGAUAUUUCUUUAUACAUUUAAAAAAAUCAAUUGUCACUGCAGUAGUUCUUUGAGAAUAAUCUAGUCAUAUUUUUGAAAUCACAUAAUUAGACUCUAUAAUAUGUAUACUUUUUCAUAUAUAAUUAGAUCUUUCUUUGUAAUUUCAUAUGUAGUUCUUCAUAAGGUCUUGACAUAUUGAAAAAGUAUAUGAACAUAAUGAAACACCUCAUUAAUUUGAUAAUUAACCUUUUAUAUUCAUAUAUUAGGAAAGUGAUCUUAGCAGGAUUUUUGGAAUUUGAGGAUCACAUUUAGACAUUUGAUGCACUAACGAAUACAGCUUAUAUCUUUAUUGAGCUUUCUAAUUUAAAAAAUGCUUUGCAGACCUCAUUUUUUAAAACCAUACAACAUGCCUGUGAGGCUGAUCUGGUGGGUAUGUUUAUUCUUGUUUUUCAGUAGGGAAGUAGCAGUUCAGAGGGAGGAAGCUCCCUCUCCGAGCCCUGAGACUCACUCCUAAGUCUUCUGAUACCACAUCCAAUCCCCUUCCCCCAACAGCCUGCUGUCCCCACAGAGGGAGGUCACAGCCCAUCAUGCAGGGCACUGUGAUUGUGUUGAUGCAGCUGGCUCCACAGGUGUGCAUUCCACAGAGAUUCAGAAGGCAUCUCUUCAGUCAAACAUGGCCCCUCUAUAACCUUACUAUUCUUCUCUUAUAAACCUUUCCCCCUUCUCAGCACCCAAGCCCCCAGCAAGUAGGCAAGCUGCAAUGUGAUACUGUUUCAACAGGCUUCUUUCAGCAGCUCAUGUUUUCCUAAAGUGGAGGACGUGGUUUGCCCUGCUUAGGUUGCCCUUCCCAGAGCAAUGGUUUGAGGGGAGCUAAUGAGAAGAGAGUUAUCUUUUAAAACAUUGCUGCUCUACUUGAAACAAGAUGGAAGCCUAAAGCCCAAGUCAAGCAGCACCCAGCACUGCUGUGCAGUCCCAGAACUCCUUAGAACAUAGUGUAAGAACCAUCCAUUGUAAGCAUUUUAUAGAUGAGUAAAUUGAGAUCCUAAAUCUCCUAGUCUACUGAAUUUCAUAUGGUAUAUAAUACAGACUUAUGUGGUAAAGAUAUAUAUACAUUGUGCUCAACUAUCCUUUCCUGAAUACACUUAGGAUUUAUUAUUUAUGUCUUGAGUAAUAAUAUAAAGUCAACUUCAGACUGAUAUGUAGUCAUUAGCCAUGAAAAAUGUUUCAGGAUGGCUAGAGAAGACUUGUGUUUUGCCUGAUAGCCAUUUGAACAUUAGGAAGCUUAAGGGAGAAAAGUUUCGAGAGAAGCCCAAGAAGGAACUAUUUCUUUGCACCACCACCCCCUGCCCACUCCCCUCACCCCCCACCCACACCCACUCCACCAGAGGUGAAUGAGGUAUGCUAUAUAGUAGUGUCUAUAAUUGUGAAUGUGCAAACUUUUGUUGUCAAAUUAAUCGUAUGAAAUUUUUCUCCACCUGCUUGGAGAAUUUUCUAAUUUGUUUCUAGUGAGCAAAACAAAGGAGGUGUUUGAGUCACUUGAAAUCAGAGUACUCAGGCACCAGCCCACCGACAGAGACACCUCAUCUUUUCACUGCUAUUUUGUACCAUAUGCCUCCCUGUUUCUGUCAAAUUCCUAGUGAAAAAGGCCUGAACAAUUAUAAUGAUAUUAUUUAUUGAGUAUUUUGUGCCGUACAUUGUGAUGAGCAGUUUGCACAUAUUUAUUUAUGAUCUUCUUAAAACCAUUCCAUAAAAUAGAAACUGUAAUUAUUCCCAUUUCUAAAAGAAUAAACUUAGGUUUAGAGAGUGAGCAAUCUUUGCUGAAGGGUCACAAAGCACCUACAUGUAGAAGCUAGGGUUCAAGGCAGAUCUGUGAGUCCAGAACCUGUUCUCUAAACCACUAUGCAGAGCUGCUUAGAUUUAUUGUCCGUGGGUUCAGUUUAUACAAAGGCAGGUUCUAUUUCAGUGCCAUAAGGAACUUUCUAGUAGUUAAAGCUGAUAAGGAAAGAAUUCCCAGGAGAAAAUGGAAGCACUGGUUUUAGUCAAUCUAAAUUUGUUAUUUGGGGGAUAUUGCUGAGGAGGUUCAGUGUGUGAAUAGACUGACCAGUUGGCCACUCUCAGAUUCCCUCUUCAUAAUGCUUCUGUGACCUCUACACCAACAGGUAGAUGCCAUAAGAGAUGUUCAAAAAAGAACCAUGUUUGGGGCUUAGCAAGAAUCUUUUUCUAAUGCUAAGACCCUCAAAUUAUGUUUUGGCGAGUAGCCAAUCUUUCUUUAACAUCAAUCAACCGUAGCAGCAUGGUCAUCAUAAAGUCUUCAUUGACUCACUGGCUUGGAUUUUAGGGUUAGAAAAUCUGAAUGCUCUUAUGUCCUUCCAUCUCACUUUACUAGUGUGCCCAAAUUUAGUCAUCCUUACUCAUUCCCUCAAAAUAUUUAUUGAGCACCAACAAUGUGACAAGCACCGUGCUAGGCACUGUGGUGAAGUAGAACCAUUGCUAAUCAUUUCCUGAGUUCCACUUACUCUUGAUUUAAAAAAAAACAACAAAGUUUUUGUGUGGCCAGAAUUAAACAGCCUCUUCUUAAUUUUUGAUUUUUUUUUUUUUUUUUUUUUUUGACAGAGCCUCACUCUGUCACUCAGGCUGGAGUGCGAUGGCGCACUGUCAGCUGACUGCAACCUCCGCCUCCCGGGUUCAAGCAAUUCUCCUGCCUCAGCCUCCGAAGUAGCUGAUAUUACAGGUGCAUGCCACCAUGCCCAGCUAAUUUUUUUGCAUUUUUAAGUAGAGGCAGGGUUUCACCAUGUUGGCCAGGCUCGUCUUGAACCCCUGACCUUGUGAUCCACCCCACUCAGCCUCCCAAAGUGCUGGGAUUACAGGCUUGAGCCACCUAGCCCAGCUGAAUUUUAAAACUAAUCCAUAUUCUUUUGAAAAAAAAAAAUCAAGUACUAUGGAAUUGAAUGAAGUAAGAGAUAGCCCAUCUUACCUUCUGGAGGUAGCAGUCACUAAUACUGUGGUGAGUUAUUUUAUUCAAAGGAAAUCACACAGUUAAGCAGCUUGCUUUUGAUUUGUUAUGUUGUCAUCUUUUCAUGUCAAUACAUAGAUUAAUGUUUUAUUUCAAAUGUCUACAUAAAAUAUCACUACCCACACAACUCAUAAUUUGUGUGGCCAGCAAUUUGUUGAACACUAAAAUGUUUUAAGUGUUCUUCUUACUGACAGUGUCACAGUGAACAUUUAUAUAUUCAUUAAAUCCUCUUCCAUCUUUGCACUCUUGUGCUAGUAUGUAUAUAGUGUGAAUACAUUCAUAAAUUUCUUGAUCAAAGCUAGGUCAAAGUUACAUUCAUUUUAAUUGUGGUAGAUAUUCAUAAAUUCUCCUCCAUAAAAGUAGGACCAACUUGCAUUACCACCAAUAGUGUAUAUGAGCCUUUUUUUCUAGGUAUGAUAAGACUUUUUUUAGUCCAAAGGUUGCUAUAGAUUUGCUGGGGGGUUUUUUGUCCUUGAAAGAAUAACCUUCCUCCUACCAAGUUCAAGAACCUGAGUUUUUUCAUCAUUAAGUUUUAAAUUUCCUUCAGCAGCAGAGACUGGCUUGCUGUAUACAGGGAAGUCUAGCAGUGACUACCUCACUAUAUGUCAAACACAUCAUUACUCUUUUCCUACUUUACAUGUAAUGGUGGCCAAUUUAUAAAGGAGGACCAAUUUAUAAAGGAGCUAAAUUGGGUAAGAACCUUCAGUAAAGUAUCAAACACAUACAAAUCCAUCUUCGACUUCCUUGGACCUCAGUUUCCCUAUCUGAUUAAUGAGGAUAGUAAUCCCUUGCCUUUUCCAAAACCAGUUCAACUCAGCAAACACUUCCUGACCACCUACUAAAUGCCAGGCAAAAUGUGAAAGUUGUAUUGUAUGAGGCUAAAUGGUACUGAUUCUCAAAACAAGGAGCUCAUAGUCUAAAACUGUCUUUUCUUUUUUUUUCCUCAAAAACCUUUUAAAGGGGUAAGAAGUUAGGGGGUUGUUUAUUAAGAACCCCUGAAGAGUGACCCUUUAUCACUCUCUUAAACUUGAAUAAUUCCAAAAUAAUAUUAACACCUCUUGACUAGAAAAGAAAAAAAAAGAAACAUGCCACAAGAGGAGCCUCUCCAAUAAUAAAUGCAAAGCAGCUGUCAAAAUAUAGAGUCAAAUGAUACUUUCAUAAAGUGCUUGCACAAUUAGAAAAUGUUAUCCUUUUUCUAGGGAGAAAUGGAACAUUUUUAUUUUCUCUGCUAAGUGAAAUGCAACUUUUUGAAGAAUCAACAUGCUUGACAUUUUUACAAUGUACAUAAAGAACUGAACUAUCAUUAAAACAACUUGCCCACUCUAUUGCAUGUAACUUUUGAGAAGAUGAAAAGAACUUUAAACAGAAUGCCUAUGGAGCUUUACUUUAGAAAUGAAAUACUCAAGGUGUUUUAACUACAACUAUCUGCAUGUAAUAUUGUGCCUGCAUAAUGAUUUUGUAAAUAUUAACUGCAAUUCUGUAUUUGCUUUCUCCAUAUGACUUUUUACAUUUAAACUUA